AUGAAGACCUCCAUGAACCCCGUUGUCGCCUCGCUCGGGCUGGCCAUCGCCCGCGCCGUCACGGACGCCGCCCCGUCGACGUACGCCUCCAACCACACCGCCGGCCCCGAGCUGAAGCACUGGCCGGCCGAGGCGGCCAAGGCGCUCAACACCAUGAUCGCGACCAACGCCAACCAGAGCAACUACGCCGUCUUCGACAUGGACAACACCAGCUACCGCUUCGACCUCGAGGAGUCGCUGCUGCCGUACCUCGAGAGCAAGAACGUCCUCACCCGCGACACCAUGGACCCGACCCUCAAGCUCAUCCCCUUCAAGGACACGGCCAACCACACCGAGUCGCUGUACAGCUACUACCUGCGCCUGUGCGAGGUCGACGACAUGCUCUGCUACCCGUGGGCCGCCCAGAUCUUCAGCGGCUUCCCGCUGAGCGAGCUCAAGGGCUACGUCGACGAGCUCAUGGCCCUCAACCACACCGUCAGCACCACCUACUACGAGGACGACGUCGUCACCCCCUACGAGGUCACCCCUCCCAAGAUCUUCACCGGCCAGGUCGAGCUCUACAACAAGCUCAUGGCCAACGGCAUCGAGGUCUACGUCAUCACCGCCGCCUCCGAGGAGCUCGUCCGCAUGGUCGCCUCCGACCCCAAGUACGGCUACAACGUCAAGCCCGAGAACGUCAUCGGCGUCACCCUCGUCCUCAAGAACCUGACCUCGGGCGAGCUCACCACGACGCGCAAGCAGGUCGAGGAGGGCCACUACGACCAGGAGGCCAACCUCGGCCUCGUCAUGACGCCCUACCUGUGGACGCCCGCCACCUGGAUGCAGGGCAAGUGGGCCGCCAUCCUGACCUACAUCGACGAGUGGAAGAAGCCCGUCCUGGCCGGCGGCGACACCCCGGACAGCGACGGCCCCAUGAUCUUCCACGGCGUCGACGUCGCCAAGGGCGGCGUCCACCUCUGGAUCAACCGCAAGGAGAGCUCCAUGGAGCAGAUGAACGAGAUGAUCGAGGACAACGCCGCCGCCCAGGAGAAGCUGGGCCUGCCCGUCACGGCCGACAAGAACUGGGUCAUCGUCACGCCUCAGGAGAUUCAGUGA